AUGAAGGUGAAGGUGCUAGACUGCAGGAAACACGAACACUCGGCAGGGGAGACUCUGGAGUUCCAGGUGGCGGAGGUGGACAACUCCUUCGCCAAUGGUCUGCGGCGCGUGCUGCUUGCAGAGGUGCCCGUGCUCGGCAUUGAAUCGGUGACGAUCAUUCAGAACACAUCGGUUCUCCCUGAUGAGAUGAUCGCACACCGUCUAGGCCUUGUCCCGCUCUACUCGAUGAAGGCGCGGCGGAUGCAGUUCGCACGCGACUGCCUCUGCGGCGGCGGCGGCUGUGCGGAUUGCCAAAUCACGGGCGAACUGAACCUGCGCUGCCCGGCGGACCAGCACAGCCUGCAGGUGUUCGUCGACGCGCUUAAGAUCGACGACGAGGAGGUGUACCCCGUGAGCUCCGAGGAGCGUGGUGUGUGGCUGCUGACGCUCGGACGCUCACAGGAGUUGAACCUCCGCGUGGUGAUACGCAAGAACAUCGGCAAGGCGCACGCCAAGUUCAUGCCGGUGGCGACGGUUGCGAUGCGCUACGCGCCGGACAUUGUGCUCAACACGGACGGCUUCAUGAAACUCGAUGAGGAGUCCCGGCGGCAGUGGGUGGAGCGCUGCCCGCGGCAGGUCUUCCGCUACGAUGACCGGACGGCGCAGGUGCUCCUUGCCGACCCGGACGCCUGCAUCUUCUGCCGCGAAUGCAUGUCGAAGGAGCCGCCGUUUAACAAGCUGACGGAACCACUCGUGUUGGUGCGCCAGAAGAAGAGCAAACGCGGCUACUACGACUUCACCUUUACGGUGGAGUCGACCGGUGUGCUGCCGGUGCUGCAAAUCCUGUACGACGCCAUCGACGUGAUGCGCCGCAAACUCGAGCGGGUUCGCGCCGGCCUCAUGGAGGAUCCUAACGCGGAGGAGACGCUGCAGACGCGCCCCAUUGGCGGGGCCCCAACGGCGCCUGUUGUUGUGAACGAAGACAUCGUGGAGCGGGAGGGGGCGGAAGAUAAUCUCACCUUCGUGAUGAACUGA